CCGUGAACAUCAGGUUGAGCCGAAUGGUGCCCGCAAUAUUGUCACUGCCAUCUUGAUGGGUUCCCAGCUCAUUCAUAAGAAAUAAGAAGAUGGAAUAUUCUGCUGCCGAUAUUGCAGAGGCAACGAGUUUGCAGUAUUUAGCGUACCUAUACACGUCGCUGGCUACAUUCUGGACCUAUGAUUACGCUUGUUCACUUCACGAAGAGUGGAAAUUCCUGCUUCGGUCGCGCUGGACCAAAGUUAAAGGCCUUUACAUUAUCACACGACAUGUCCCCUUCUUUCUCAUCAGCAUGGAUAUAUACCUGACCUUCGCCCCGAGUGGGAACCCCAAUAAAUGCCGGACGUUGGGAAAUAUUUAUGUAUGUUUUGGAGUGAUAUCACUCACUUGCUCUGAAUGCUUUUUUGUGCUCAGAACGUAUGCGCUCUGGGACAAAAAUAGAAUCGUACUCGCAGCCAUGGUGUCCACCUAUGUUGCUGGUAUCGUAGCAUCCAUCGGCAUUCGUUUUGCCACUAUUCCAACCUCGUAUGUUACGACUAGCGCGAUUCCAGGCAUCACAGGGUGCUACCGGACCUCUCGCAGCGCCGAAGUGUUUCUGCCGUUUCUUCUGAUGUGUGUGUUUCAACUGGGACUGAUCUCCCUAACACUAAUUUGUGUCGUACGAAGCUGGCGAGCAACUAGGAGCCCUCUAUUUGUUAUCCUCGUGAAGCAUAACAUCUUCUACUAUGCAUGCGGCCUGGUUCUCUCAGCCGUGAACAUCCUCUUGCCAGUGCUAGUUUCCAAUUCGGCAUACUACACUGUCAUCCAAGAUUUCCAGGUUUUUAUCCUUGCGAUCCUCGCUACGAGCAUGCACCUCCAUCUCUGGCGUAUCGACCAGCACGUGCAUGGCUCUGACCUUGUGUGUAUUUCUUUGUCCGACAUGUCACCUGCAGACCCGUACAUGUGAUGCAGUGUGCUAGGUGGAAGUGGCUUAUCGAGAUCCGCCGGCUUGGUCUGGUUUUGGACGCGCUUAACUUAUAGGAAUGCAUUUUUUGUCGGGAUGAAUAAUUUGACGUCCGGAGAGACGCCAACAGGUAUAAGUAAUCAUGACAGCGAGGAUCGUUCACCAGAUGACAUUCAACAAAGAUGU